AUAUGUGAAAUGUUCUGUCAUUAACCAAAUCAUUCCAUUUUUUUUUUAUUGCACUUCACAUUUUUCAAUUCGAGAUAUUGUAGGUUAAAGAUGAUGAACUUGAAUUUCAGUUUGCUGUUGCUUGUUUGCUUUGUGUUUAUGUUCAAUGUUGAUGCUUUUGAGCUACGUAAAGGUCAGAAAACGGAGCGAAUAUCAGGUAGUGCUGGUGAUGUAUUAGAUGAUAACCCACUUGGAAGGCUGAAAGUCUAUGUUUACGAGCUUCCUAGCAAGUACAACAAGAAAAUUCUGCAGAAAGAUCCUCGAUGUCUCAACCACAUGUUUGCUGCUGAGAUAUAUAUGCAUCAGUUCCUGUUAUCGAGUCCCAUUCGAACUUUAAAUCCAGAGGAGGCUGAUUGGUUUUAUACACCUGUUUACACCACAUGUGACUUAACGCCAAAUGGCCUCCCUUUACCAUUCAAAGCACCACGAGUGAUGAGAAGUGCAGUUCAACUUAUUUCUUCUAAUUGGCCUUAUUGGAAUCGGACAGAAGGGGCUGAUCACUUCUUCAUCGUACCACAUGAUUUUGGUGCUUGCUUUCAUUAUCAGGAAGAAAAAGCCAUUGAAAGAGGCAUUCUUUCUCUGCUCCAGCGCGCUACAUUGGUUCAAACAUUCGGCCAAAAGAAUCAUGUUUGCUUAAAGGAUGGUUCGAUCACAGUUCCUCCAUAUGCACCUGCCCAGAAGAUUCAAUCCCAUUUGAUUCCACCAAGUACUCCUCGGUCCAUCUUUGUCUACUUCAGAGGAUUGUUUUAUGAUGUGGGAAACGACCCUGAAGGGGGUUAUUAUGCAAGAGGAGCAAGAGCAGCAGUAUGGGAGAACUUCAAAAACAACCCUCUCUUCGACAUCUCAACCGACCAUCCAACAACAUACUAUGAAGAUAUGCAGCGAUCCAUAUUCUGUUUAUGCCCACUCGGGUGGGCUCCAUGGAGUCCAAGACUAGUAGAGGCAGUGGUAUUUGGUUGCAUCCCAGUUAUCAUUGCAGACGAUAUUGUCUUACCUUUUGCUGAUGCUAUCCCAUGGGAGGAAAUUGGUGUGUAUGUAGACGAAAAAGAUGUCCCUAAUCUCGACACCAUCCUCACAUCAAUUCCACCAGAAGUCAUAUUAAGAAAACAGAGAUUGCUUGCAAAUCCAUCAAUGAAGCAAGCUAUGCUGUUCCCACAUCCUGCUCAAACAGGUGAUGCUUUCCAUCAAAUCUUGAAUGGUCUUGCACGUAAAUUGCCUCAUGACAAAAGCGUAUACUUGAGGAACGGAGAGAAGGUUUUAAACUGGACUGCCGGUCCUGUCAGUGAUCUGAAACCUUGGUAGCUGCUAACAUGUUUGCAGCUGAGUUUUGUGAGCCGUAUGCUGGUAGGGAGAAUCUUACAUGGGCUGGUUAGUUUAAACUGUAAACUUUGGUCUUACUGAGAGUUGUUUGAGGUAAUGAAAGCAGAUAAAGAACAGAGUAUUCAACCACCGAAACAUGGUGCAUAUAUUGGCAUCCUUGUUGGUUAAAAUAGUGAAGAUAAUUGGUUCUGUAUAGAAGUGGCAAAUUCAGCCCAUUUAUGAAAAAUAUUAAAAAGAAUUGAGUCA